UUAGUGUGCUCUUAUCAAUUAGACCUUAUCAUUACAUGGUGGUCCAGAAUUCGACAUUUACCUACGGUAUUUCGUUACGUUUGGAUUUAAUUUAUUCAAAUUUUAAAAAUGCCUACGUUGUGUGCAGUGUUUGAGUGUUUUAACAAGACAACCAAUAAAAACCUUUCGUUUUAUCGUUUUCCCAAAGUCUGGAAAAAUGCUGCAUCCGAUAUUAAUGCACUUUUGUUGGCACAACGAAAGUCAUGGUUUAAUGCACUACAUCGGUCUGAUGUAACAGAUAAACAACUAGAUCACAUGCGAAUUUGUUCAAUUCAUUUUAAAAUGGGUAAACCAGCUCAUUAUGGUGAUACAAAAAACCCUGAUUGGACUCCUACCUUAAAAAUGGGAUACACUAAAAACAGUGAUAAAGCUACAACUCCAAAUCUACAGAGGUAUAAACGGGCCGAAAAAAGAACAUUAUUAAAGCCAACAAAAUUAUUCGAAGAAUCACCGAAUAACAAUCUCAAUGAUCGGCAUAAUGAAGAUGAAAAAUAUGAAGAUAUUAUGAUGAAAUAGGAUUUUCAUGCAAUACUGAAAUCACGAUGGAUAAUAUUUCGGAAUUAGAACUUUUGAAAGAUAAGUGUAACCAAUGACAAAGGGAUGUAAUUUUUUUUAAUUUUUCAGAGAACUCUUUUUUAGAUAGGCCCACAAUGUUUACUUAUUAUGCUGGGUUAACAAUGGAUGUAUUUAAAUUAAUUUUAGAGUCAAUUAAACCAGGGCUAACA